UAAGCAGCAAAUUAAUUACCUCUAACUUGUUAAAUGCUGUUAUAAUUUUGGUGAAUUUUGUGAGAAAUCGUUUCGACUUUCCUCGAUUUGUACAAAAGCGUGCGCUUGUGCUAUAUUACGUAGCUUAAACUUCAACAUUUCUACCCUAAAUCCGACUUUCGUGGAGCUGCUUAGCUCAACUGCUGACGGCACCACCUAUCUGGUGGACUAUCUUGAUGAUCUAAUAUCUAUGCGAUCUGUUGUUGGCCGGAGAGAGCUAUUGGGAGUUGACUACGGUGACUCGUAAUCACACCGCAGCGACGAGGCUAUUUUACUCGAGGCGAUCGGGGUACUAAUAUUGUUGCUGCUGCUGCCACUGUGGAACAAAUCAAACCACAUCGUCGUCGUUAGAGUGAAAACGUUUUGUUCGUUCGUUGGUUGUUCCCUCCGAAAUGGCUGUAGCCACGGGCGCCAAUAGUGGAAGUGGUCGGGCAUCCGAAGCAUCGCGUCUAGUUACAAACGCCAAGCGGCAGCGCAUCCGAAAUGUGGUACUCAAUCUUGAGAAUUGUAUUCUUUCACACGAUAGACUGUCCAAUACGCCGUCCAUGCAGGAUGGACUGGAUCCCGAACUUGAGGCGGAUCUUCGUUUUGUUGGGUGUGAGAUGAUCCAGAGCGCUGGUAUCUUGUUACGCUUGCCGCAAGUUGCUAUGGCAACAGGACAGGUACUCUAUCAGCGAUUCUACUAUAGCAAAAGCUUCGUUGCACACAAUUUUGAGAUUGUCGCCAUGGCGUGCGUAGUUUUAGCGUCAAAAAUUGAAGAAGCUCCUCGGCGAGUGCGGGAUGUACUCAAUGCGUUUCAUCACCUCGAGCAAUUGAGGAGAAAACAAGCUCCUGAGCCACUGUUACUUGAUCAUGCUUAUAUGGGGCUAAAGAAUCAGGUGAUCAAAGCCGAACGACGGGUUCUCAAGGAGCUUGGCUUCUGUGUGCAUGUCAAGCACCCACAUAAGAUGAUUGUAACUCUUCUCGAGGUGGUACUGCGUCAAGAAAGCAACGACCGUCUACUGCAGAUAGCUUGGAACUACAUGAAUGAUAGUCUACGUUCGGAUAUUUUUGUGCGACACACGCCGGAAACAAUCGCUUGUGGUUGUAUCCACCUAGCAGCACGUCUCGUGCAAACGCCUUUGCCGAACUCUCCACAAUGGUAUCGACCUUUUGGCGUAACUGACUCGGAUGUGGAAGACGUCUCAAUCAGGAUUUUAUCGGUUUACCGUCGAGCAAAACAGGUAGACGUUGACCGUCUGGAUAAGACAGUUAAGGAGUUACGCGCUAAACAACAGGAAGAGAAGAAGCUCAAGCUCAUAGUGGGAACGAAAGUAGUCAUCCGGAGCAGCGGAGAUUCGGAAGCCGUUGAAAACAGCAACUCGAACUCAAACAUUCAAGGAUCGUCAUUAAAAACUCAAUGGCUGCAAGGUACCGCUGGGGAAAUUGUACCUAUGAGCAAUGGAACUAAACGAGAGCAUCAUAUCACCGUCAGCAAAGAUGACCACAAGGAUGAGUUGCGUAACCAUAAUAAUAGAAGCGAGAUCAAUUCACAGCAGCAGCAACGAACACAGCGAGACGUCGCCGGACGAGCUGGCUUUCAGGAGAGUCACGAACAAGAUCGGGAACGCGAGAAAAGACGAAGUGAUGAACGCCAUUCGGGUGCCGGCGGCGAUAAAGACGGUACCAACAACGAUGACGAUAGGCGGAGUGGAAGUGCCAAGAAAUCGCACAAGAGGAAGUCUCGUGAAAGGUCACGCUCAAGAACAGUUAGUCCAGACAGACGGCGAAGAAAUCGUGGCCGCCAAAUCAGAUCAAGAAGUAGAUCACGAGAAAAUGGACGUCGAAGAGAUCGUCGCUAAUAGCUCUUAACGAUAAUUGAUUGACUACAUGCAUAAAUACAUGCAUUCAUUCGCUCAUACACACAUUUGAACAUACAUAUAUACUUCUGGUUCAACCCGUGUGUAGAGAGAGAGAGAAAGAGAGAGAGAGAGAAAGGGGAGUCUUACGAGUAUCUGAGACGUUUGGGAAAAUUUGAAACGUCAUUGAAUAUAAUAAAAGCAUGUAUGUGCUCGAGAGUUCGUGGAAACUGAUGACGAUACCAUCUUGUACACAGUACUCGUGAUUUCUCGUUGUAUUCACUAGGGCUCAAAAAAUGUAUAGAAAUGCGGUGAAUCCCAAAAAAAAGGCAUUGAAAGAUGGAAAAUCAAUAGAUGAUAUUAUCUGCAAUUGCCGGUAUCCUCGUCAUCCGGCCGUUCUCUAAUAAACACUGACAUACUCUGACACGAAUACAUCAUGAAGGCGUCAGUACUGUACAUAUGUGAGAAAAGUUUAGCUGUGUAUAUAUCUAUUGCCUUGUUGAAUAAAUAAAAGAA